AUGGACUGUCUUUUAAGCCAACUGGACUUUGGGCUUGGAGCCCAGGACCACACCACACCCACUGAAAUCGAUUUGCCUGACAAAACUGAGACCGUUGUGGAGGAAACAUCCUUUGCCCAUGACAGCCAGGACGCGACCCCUCUCCCCUCUGCUGAGGCGCUGAUUGAGAUCGACCCGGCGCAGGAGUCCGUCUGGCCCAGCUUUACGACCCUCAGACCCGUCUUCCAUCAGACUCUGGAGCGUUUCCACACUUACCUGAGAGAGCUUUUAAGCCAACUGGGCUUUGGGCCUGGAGCCCAGGACCACACCACACCAAGUGAAAUCGAUUUGCCUGACAAAACUGAGACCGUUGUGGAGGAAACAUCCUUUGCCCAUGACGGUCGGGACGCGACCCCUCUCCCCUCUGCUGAGGAGCUGAUUGGCAGCUCCUCAGAAGAGUGGCAGCUGAACUCCGCCCUGCUCGAGUGGAGCAGCCAGAUGCUGUCCAUCAUGGCCUCUGUGGAAGCUGUCCUAAUCGUUGGCGGUGUCUUCAUUUCUCAAUGCAUUGUGAAGUAUGCCUUCCGACGCACUGAGCAGAAACCCGACCGGGUCUGUAGGAAACCACUCGAACAGCAGAAACCAACUCAGGCUGCACUUACCCAGAAGCCAGUUGAGGAGUCGAAGGCAGACAAAUUGGAGAAGGCCAUGGAACGACUAAUGGCUUACAAGGGGAAGAUGAGGGAGAUCCAUCAACCGAAACCGCCCACACGGGUCACCAUUGAGCAGCAACUGCAGGCGUUGGACAGGGACCUGGUCGAGUGGAAACGCAACGUGCGGGCUGUGGAAUCAGACAUGGAAGAGAUGGGGAAAAUGCUCUCUGACUGGAAAGCGGACUUGUCCAGGAUCAGGUUCCCCUCCCAGGUCGAACUCUGACCAAUCAAACCUGAUCUACCAAGCUCUUCACCAAUCAAAACUCACCUAACAGAGCCGUACCAAGCUUCUCACCAAUCAAAACUCACCUAACACAGGUGUACCCGGCUCCUUACCAAUUAAACCUGAUUUACCAAGCUCUUCACCAAUUAAAACUCACCUAAUAGAGAUACACCAAGCUUCUCACCAAUCAAAACUCACCUAACAGAGCUGUACCAGGCUCCUCACCAAUAAAAACUGAUCUAACAGAGCUUAAAAUUUUUAAAAUUCAGUGUCUUGUAUCUGAACUAUUUCUCUCUCAAUAAAGCAUUGUUCAAAAAAAUGAAA